CGUGGGCUGUCCUGCCCCCGCGCCUCCCUCCUCCUGGGCCGGGGCUCGGCCUUAGGAGCCCUGCUGGGUCGCGGCGGGCGCUUAAGAAGAAGGAGGAGGAGGCGCCGCCCUCCCCACCAGCCGCGCGCCGGCCCUCCUCUCUCUCUCUCGGCGCGCCCCUGGUCCGGAUCAGCCGGCAUGCGAAGCGCGAACAUGGCCGGGCGUUGGCUCGCCUGGCUGGCCUUGCUGCUGCCGCCGCCGCUGCUGCUGCGGGGCUGCCUCGGCGGCCUCCACUUCAGGGAAGGGCAGAGCUGCUACAAGCCGCUGCCGCGCAGGAGCCCCGGGGUCAGAACAUACCCUCGUCCUCACGAAUACCUGGACACCUCUAAGCUGCCCCAGAGCUGGGAUUGGCGCAACGUAGAUGGAGUCAAUUACGUGAGCGCCACACGCAACCAGCACAUUCCUCAGUACUGUGGGUCCUGUUGGGCACACGGCAGCACCAGCGCCCUUGCAGAUCGCAUCAACAUCAAGAAGAAAGGCACAUGGCCCUCUGCGUACCUUUCGGUCCAGAACGUGAUCGACUGCGCCAAUGCCGGGUCUUGUGAAGGAGGGGACGACUUUGGCGUGUGGCAGUACGCCCAUGACCACGGCAUCCCAGACGAGACCUGCAACAACUACCAAGCGAAAGAUCAAGAAUGUCAGAUAUUCAAUCAAUGUGGGACGUGUGUUACUUUUGGAGAAUGUCACGUGAUCAAGAACUACACCCUCUGGAAAGUGGCUGAUUAUGGGUCUGUCAGCGGGCGAGACAAAAUGAUGGCAGAAAUCUACGCCAACGGUCCUAUUAGUUGUGGGAUCAUGGCUACUCCAAAGCUGGAUGCCUACACUGGAGGACUUUAUAUGGAAUACAGCCCAUCUGUGUCAAUCAACCACAUCGUCUCCGUCGCCGGCUGGGGCGUUGAAAAUGGAACAGAGUACUGGAUUGUCCGAAACUCUUGGGGAGAGCCCUGGGGUGAAAGGGGCUGGCUUAGAAUUGUGACAAGCUCAUGGAAAGGAGCCGAAUACAACCUUGGUAUAGAAGAGGAGUGCACUUACGGAGAUGCGAAGCUCCCUUGAAUCCGCUCUAGGCGUUACUUGUAACAAACUGGGGGCCUGCAAGAAGUCACGGGUGCAUUUAAAUGACUGCAAUCUCCCCUCACAGGAUACUAUAAAUUUUAGUCUCCCCCCACUUUUAAUUAACUGAACUGCUCUCAACAUUUUGAGGGCAAUAAGCAUACUCCAUCCUUAUCAGGGUCUUCUUUUUGGGGAGAAAGGGGCGUGGUUUUCUCCCUCACAAAACAUGUGAACUACAGUUUUUCUGCCUAUCUGAAGAAUCCCCCGUCUGUGUGUGUGUGUACAGAAAACCAUGCCUUUGCUUAUGGGAAGGGCAGUCUUUGUGAGAAAUACUUGACCGUCAAGACCACUGUUUGUAACUUUGCAUCUGGGUUGAAGUCUUCGGACAGCGCUGGCUCUUUGGCUUGGAAACAGAUAUGCGCACCGCCCCCUAGAGUUGGAUUCAACUAGCUUUCGAGCAAGGGAAACCUUUACUUUUUUUAAAAGCUGCAUAUAUUUAACAAAGUGAAUUACAUGUACUGAUUGCACUAGGGGAGAAAGAGAAGUAAGUACUUUUGAAAUUGUGUUAUAAAAUUUACUUUGUAUCUUACUGGUGAUCCAGAGUUGAUUUUUUUAAAAA